CAUAGAUAUGUUUUAGGCUAUUCAUUCCAUGUCUUAGGCUAUUGAGUUUGUGUUACAAGUCGUUAUUUCUGCUAUACUGAAUCGUUCGGUAUAUAUUCUUUGUACUGUUUGUCUCGUAAUUCUUUGUUACAGAUCGAUUGUUUCUAAAUUUAACAGUUUGUACAGCCUAAAGUCUACCGCGCAUCGAUAUAUAUUUCCUUUCAUAGAAGUUUAGUUUGUUUGUCCAACUCGGUGAUCGUCUGGAAAUUGGUACUAUGGCGGCUAUGGAGACUUGGGGUAACAAGACCACCAUGAACAUCAACGACAUACUCUACCGAAAUAUCUUGGCCUCGCGCUACUUCUCCCAGGACCUUGCGAAACUGACUACAUUCGAGGAAAUAGUACCAGAAAUCUAUGAACAAGUGACGGAUCUAGGUGCGUGCAUACCCCUGUACACAGACCCGCAUGCCUCUGACUGACUCUGACUGUGGCCUCUCAUUUGGGAACGCGGUUGAGUUGGAACCGUUCAUGCCUGGGAUUGGAAAUAAGGCCACAUCAGCUUUCUGUUUGCUAUACAAGCUGUUUACGCUGAAAAUGACUGAACAACAAGUCGUCGCGUUGCUUGACAACGAAGAUUCUGUGUAUGUGAGAGGAAUUGGCUUUCUGUGGUUGCGCUACUGUUGCCCCCCAAAAGAGUUGUGGUCCUGGAUGGGCCACUACAUCAAUGAUACGGAACCUAUUAAGCCCGGAUGGUCGCAGAACUCCCCUGAGACCACCAUUGGUAGCUUCAUACGUCGUUUGCUAACUGAACAGAAGUACUACAACACCAUCAUGCCUCGUAUCCCCGUACCUGUCGCGCGUGAGCUGCAGAAGCAUCUGGAUGAAACCCCUUUGGCUGUAGAACGAGGUGGAGAUGUGGAGAUGCAAGGUAAUGGUAGAGGUCCUGAGGACGGCAAAGAAGAAGACCGAAGCAGUGCACGUCGCAGUAAUAGCCGUCAUCGCAGUGGCAGUCGCCGACGCAACAGUCGCAGCCGCUCAGCUGAUCGUCGUAGAGACACCACCAAAUCAUACCGUGAUCUAGAUGUUCCUUCUGAUCGUAAACGAGCCCGAAGUAGAGAAUCGGAUAGAUAUCGAGACCGGGAGAGCAGCAGAAGCCGCGGUGGAGGAUCGCGCGCAGGAGAUGGAGACGUCAGAUACCAGGACAUCCGGGACGAUAGAGACAGGGAUGGGCGGAGAAGUGACCGUCGCGAGAGAAGCUCAAGCAGGACCCGUAGCCGCAAUGAAAGCAGAAGUGGGAGCAGUAGGAGGCGGUCUCGUUCUCGUAGUAGAUCACGCGAUAGGGGCGCAGGUAGUCGGACUCGAUACAGAGACGACGAGCGGCGAGAUAGGAGGGACGACGGCCGAAGUGAGCGUAGUCGGGGAAGUAGAAGUCGCGGUAGAGAUAGGGACAGAGAUCGUAGAUAGAUUUUGCGAGGUCGUAUGUGUCUCUUGCGUGAGUGGUUACCGGCUACGUGCCUGUGUUCAUAUCACUUAAACCCCAAACCCUAAAAACCUCUUCCUAUGCACGUCAACUGCAAACUGUGAAUGUGGAUAGCCUUGUACUGCCGAUAUCAACCCGCUGGUAUAUUACAGCUACGUCGUCUACUGGUGUCCUAUUCAUGUCAGGUCGGCAGUUUUCUGCCUGACUCGCAUCGCAGGUGGAGAUUUUAUCCUCUGCUAUCAAUAAUCUCGAGGAAUAUAUUUCAAUCAAAUUCUAUCAGCGAUAUGCGUUGCUACCC